UUCUUACGGUAUGCAAAACAUCUAACUAUCGCCACUAACCUGCACAUGAUGGCAAACCCAACAAGCUGGGAAAUAGGGGAUCGAUAAGGUUUGUUAUACAUAUAUGUACACUCUCUUUCUCAGCGUUUUUGGCAUUUCUGCUUGUCCGGGAUCUAGUUUCUUAUACGAGUCGGCAGAAGCAACAUAGGUAAAAAAUUGCUAUAAUCUUUUGAAGUUCUUCUCAAAAGAAAAUCCGGUGCCAAACAAAAGAAGACGCAAUGGGACCCUCCAGUGCACCAAGGCGGCUUUCUGGGAUGCAGAAGCAAGUACUAAGUCUAUACAGAGGGUUUCUGAGGGCAGCCCGCACAAAAUCUGCUGAAGACCGGCAGCGGAUUGAGUCACUUGUAUCAAUUGAGUUCCGCCGCAAUGCAAAGGAAGUAGACCGCAAAAAUUUCCUCUACAUUGAGUACUUGCUGCGACGUGGUAAGAAACAGCUUGAUCAGCUCAGGAGCCCCGAUAUUGUUGGAUUAUCAGCUACAAAUGUCAGUUUCUCUCAAACGAAGGAUCCUACACACUGAAGUAAGAGUUUCAUCUGUUCUUAUUUAUUUGUUGAGCCAAAUGUAGGUAAUGGAGGAAAAGGAAUAUUUGGCUGAAAGUUCUUAUCGUAUGCUAGUUAGAAAACUCCAAAUUAUGCAACCUGUAUCGAUUAUCUUCCAAAUAAUGAUGAUACUUGAUUCCUUGUAAUCGCCCUAGUUCUGUUGUUUGUGUUGCUUAUUAUCAAUAAAUCUUCGUUCUUCGA